GGAUGACGGAGUUUUCCCUGAGCGAAGUGAGAAAAGGGCAGAGACUCCGUGACAAAAAGACGCUGUGUGGGAAAACACUGAAAACUUCUGUCAACAGAGGACUGCAGUCAGUCCAAAAUCACCAUGAACCUGAUGGGUUGGUCGCUUCUCAGGGACCUCGAAGAGCCAAAUCUUUGGAGGAUCGUUUAGAUGAGCGUCAGCUUAUUUUUUGUAACCAACACGACAAGGACCACAACACCCUAGAGGAAAAACAUGUCUCCCCUUCGUGGCGCUUUUGCUCCCCCAGCAAUUUCAAAGCAGAAGGAGGAUGCGAAGAAAUGGUUUGAUCGAACAGCGCUGGAUGGGUAUUCAUUUUUUUAUGCAGGAAAGCGAAUUGAUGAAGACAGGCACAGGCACCAGAUGUUAGUACCCCCGACGCACGUGACAGUGUUCCCGUUGUAGAACACAUAAAAAUCAAAAAACUCCUUCUUUAGAUACCUGUCGGCGUUGUCAACGCGUUUAGUGGCAGAGAGACCAGCCGACCCACAGGCCUUUAUGCUGAGUCACCUCCUGCAGCACGUGACACCAUCACAGCUGGAAGAAGCAGGUUUGCAACCCUGUUCGAUGACCUCAAUCGCAGACGAGGGUGAAGAAGCGGUAGAGACGCAAGCUAAUGGAAAGGCGAAGUCAGCGUAGUUGGUGUCGGAGCGACUGAUCGCGGAAUGCUUUGCAUUGCUGCGAACACUCGACUGAUUGAUGCGAGAAUUACAAUGGAAAAUAGUCAGUUGAAAUUUGGCAACCGGAGCGGGUGCGAGACACCGAUGGAGGACGGAGAAAGAGCGGGCGGCUCCAGCGCUAGGUCACCUGGGGAGAGAUAAAUGGCAGGAAAGAAUUUAGGUCCAGGACGCUUAUUUCUUUGUGUUCCAUCGUCGACCGAUACGAGGACGCACAGACGAGGGAGGAUGGACGGCGGCUCCUGGUGAAACCGCUGCAUCAAGAUGUUUUCGAUGAAGAUAGCGGAUCACAUGCGGGACCUCUAUCUUCAGAAAUCACUAUGUAUUCUCGUACAGCUAGCAGGCACUAGUGCAAACCCAUGGCAAUCUCAUCAUGACUUUCCAGUAUUAGCUGUGGGUGAUGCACUGUAAUAGUGUUGUCUGCGGUAACCUAUUUUAUCUAUCAAGAAUCCGUGUUUCUUGGAACUGACGAUUGAUAACCGACUAUCCACCAUUGAACUUUUAACUUCCAGAUUCUGCAAAAUCGACGCGUGCCACGAUCCCCAAAAAUGUGUUUAGAUCCUUCUCGUGUUUGAAAUGCCGCUGUGAUUUUUGAGAUCGACGUCUUAUUAGGCCAGACUCAAUUGUGAUGGAUUAAUAUGAAAUUAGGCUCGUAGACCGGUCUGUCUGAUUAGCAUCUAUUAGGUAGGGCACAGCUUUGCACUCUUUAGUCAUCAAAUUCCUCUUGUUAAAAUUACUCUCUCUUGCAGAUGAGAAAAUGGUCUCGGUAUGAUCUAAAGAUGAGAUCACUAGAGGAUACACCACGCGUUCUUGUUUCUCAAAAAACCCGAAAAUUUAGGGGCUGCGCAAUAAACGAAAUCAAGG